AUGGUCAUUGUCAUAAUUUGUCGGACGAAGAAACUUCACAGCAGCACAAACAUAUUUGUCGCAUCUCUAGCAGUGAAUGAUUUGAUAUUUUCUGGAUUCUUUAUUGUCAUGUGGAUAACAACAACGCGCAUCCGCUGGUCUAGUGUAACUCUUGCAAAACUCAUGAGCACAAUUAUGUAUUGUCUGUGUUCUGGCACAACUAAUCAGUCAAUAAUGCACAUGGCUGCAAUAGCUAUAGACAGAUAUAUCCACAUUGCUCACCCGUUUUACUACAUGAAGCAUGCAGCAAAACAUCGCGUUUACAUCAUUGUAACCAUUUUAUGGAUUGCUGGAAUAGCUCUGACAACAAUUCCUCCUGUUAUUUUCACUCCGAAAUUGGAAUGUGUAAAUCUCAUUUCACAUCAGCCAGCAGCUUACUAUUUUCCUGGAGCCAGUGUGUAUGUCAUUACUGUUCCGCUUGUGUGCUUUUGCUACUCUAAAAUUGCUUGUUUGGCUUUUAGACACAAGCUAGCAGCAAAUGCUCGCAGAGCCAGGACUGAUGAACUGCUGACAGACAUCCAGCAGAGAAACAAUCGUCAGGCGGCCCUGAGAAGUGUGCAGUUUGUGGCACUGAUGUUUGGUGUUUUCACUGCCUGUACUUUGCCACAAUUUGUCAGUACAGGAAUGAGCUUUCUUAUCACCAUCCCAGAAAAAAUAUACCUGGGAUUUUUCUUGUUCGCGCCAAUUCAUUCAGUUAUUAAUUUUCUAAUUUUUGCAACCAUGAACCGGGAAUUUUCAUCGGCCUUAAUGGAAGCCCUAUUAAAAUAUAAUUGUUUGAAUGUGAGAAAUGAGAACAGGGCGCAACGAACUUCAUAG